AUGGGUUCUUGGAAAUUAGAAGUUUUUCGUAAGUCGACCGAAUCAAUUUGUUAUCGAACAAUGCUAUGCUCUUCUUCACUCAGUCGUCCUGAAUUAUUCAAAGACCGUGUCAUUGAAGCACGAAAACGGCAUCAUCCGCCGCCGAAUCCUGAGCGGGAUGAACUAGUUUCACAAUUGAAAGAACGUGAACGUCUUCGACGCGAAACUGAAGUUCUCGAGCAGAUGAGUCAUUAUCAAACCAUUAAUUUUUGUUUAAUCAUUAAUUAUUUAGAAAAACGGGCUGAUAUCGAUCGAGUUCAUGUCAAAGACAAAAAAACGUGCACAUCCGAUGCGUUUGUCCAAUGGGAAGAGAAAACCUCAUGCGAAUUACCAGAAGAUAUGAAAAGAUUUUAUACAAUAUCAGAUGGCUUAGAAAUACGAUGGUCAUUUAAAACUGAGAAUACAAAAUUACAAACGACAUUUAUCGGGAAAAUGUAUAUCAAUUCGUUGAAUGACUUGAAUAAAAUAGUAUUAUCUGGAUCGAAACAGAUGGCUAUUGAUGAACUGAAUGACUUCGCGGAAAAUGAUUCACCUCGUUUUAAUUCACAAUCGUGGCACAUAUUUGAACUUGAUCCAUGUGAUGGACAAGGCCGCAUUUGUCUCGUAUACAAUCCACAUCAUGAAGUAAGCAUCUGGUUUCUGGAUCGUUCCCUACAUUUUCAUAAAAUUGCCUCAACAUUUACCGACUAUUAUCGUUUACUUCUUCUUCAUUGUGGUUUACCCUAUUGGCAAUAUAAAUAUACUGAUAUUGGUAUUCCGCCUUACGUUCUACAUUGGUAUUAUACAAUUACACCUUCGCUAUUGAUUUCUUCUGUAAAUGAGGACAUUUCAUUGGCUACAGUUGUUCCAUUUAAUGCUGAGAAAGCAUUUCAAGCGAAUGCGCAUUCUGCAACAAAAAAUUCCAAACCAGUCAGCCAACAGAAUUCCAUAGGUCAGAAUCAAUCGUCCGGCUCGGAUGUUGCAGGCGUUCGUAGCGCUACACAAAAUCCGAAACGUCCAGUUCAACAAAUGAAAAGUAUCAAUCGAUCAUCGUCGAUUCCGCGCUCAUUGAAUAAUCAAUAA